AUGUGCUCCACGUCUAUGCUUUGCGUCCCUAUGUCGCCCUCGUUUCCCCCUUACCUCUCUAUCCCUUUACUCACUCGUGUUCAAUUCCCCCUUCGUCUCCAGCUUCUACUCGAUGGCUUGUCGUUGAAUUUGGCGAAAAGGAAAAAGUUGAGGUCAUCGCGCCAACGUCUCCAGCUAGUCGGAUUAGCUACGCACUAUUUUAGUGCACCUCGACAUACGUCCUGUUCUUCGAGUCUAAAUCUCUUCAAAGACCCUGCCGAAUUGGAGCUAGCCAACAUAAUACGGCCGUUGGUACAGUGUCGACUGCCCGCUCAGCCUGUUGAUGGCAAGCCUACUGUAGAGCUGCACGGCUAUUCGAGCAGUCUUCACUCCGUCUCCGAUGCCAACGGCCCCAGUAACCCCGACCCCGUGGAUACCAUGUAUCUGGAGCACUGGCUCUGUCAUCUAUGUCCGAGUCCUGAGAAGAAGCUGCUUCACCGCAAGACCCUCUGGCCCACAGUCAAGGUGAUGUAUUGGUUCAAUUGCUGGGGUUCCCAGCUUGCUAGGACCUUACCACUGUACCAUACGGGACUCCAACACACCACAGUGUCUUCAUGCGGCCUUGCGCGCGGCCUAUCAUUACCGACAGUUUGA